ACCUAAACCUUCAAACCCUAAUUAUUCACUGCAACUCUAAUUCUCAUUCCCAAUAUGAAACGUAAAAGAUCUUCUCUCCAAACUCCACAGCAAAUUGAUUCAACAGAUUUAUAUUUAGAUGAUUAUUGCUGGGAAUAUGUUUUCAAAUUCGUCUUCAACGACGACGAUGACGACAGAGGUUCCGAUUUCAAAUCUCUUUCGCUAGUCAACAAACAAUUUCUCUCCAUUACUAAUCGUCUACGCCUCUCUCUCACAGUAUGGAAACCAACAUGCCGUUUACUCUCUCGCCUCUUUCCGAGGUUCAUCAAUCUCAUCUGCCUCGACCUCUCCUGUUACCAUGGUGUCGUCAACAACCUUCUCGUCCAAAUCUCUCGUUACCCAUUGAAACUCACUAAGCUCAACCUCUCCAACCAACGUAACAUUCCAGCACGCGGCUUGAGAGCAUUCUCCAGAAAUAUUACAACUCUAACCUCUCUCAUUUGUUCCAACAUUGCUUCUCUAUCUGUUUCCGACUUGCUUCUUAUCUCUCAUUGCUUUCCUCUCCUUCAAGAACUUGACCUUAGUAACACUUACAGUAUCAGUGUUAAGCUAAAUGGUUCUAUGUCAAUGGUGUUUCCUAAGCUGCGCAAACUUAAUCUCUCUGGUCAUAUCAAUAGAUACAUGAACGACGCAUGGCUUUUACACUUUUGUAAGAAUUCCGAGUUUCUUGAAGAACUUGUCUUAUUGCUCUGUUCAUUCUUAACUCAACAUGGCAUUGCUUCGGCCAUCCGUGAGAGACCAACUUUGAAGUCUCUAUCAAUUCAUUUGAUAUCAAGCAAUGGCAACAUUAGUUCACACUUAAUUGACUCUCUCGUCAGUUUGAAGGACUUAGUUUGUCUGGAUUUGUCAUAUUCGCGUAUCUCCGAUGAUUUGCUUUCCUCUAUUGCAACGAGAGGUCUUCCUUUGAAAAAGCUUGUCCUCCAAUAUUGUUAUGGAUAUAGUUAUGCUGGAAUCUUUUCUUUGUUAUCCAAGUGUCAAUGUAUACAACAUUUGGAUCUUCAAGGUGCUGAUUUUUUGAAUGAUCAACAUGUUAUAAACUUGUCUUUGUUUUUUGGUCAUUUAGUGUCUAUAAACCUCAGCAAUUGUAAGAUGCUCACGCAAUUAUCUUUACUUUCACUCGUAAGUAAUUGUCUUUCACUUAGUGAGAUCAACAUGAAUUACACAAAGAGUGGGAAUGGGAGAGAUGCAGUGAAUUAUAAUUUUUUCAAGGAUUUUGUUGUAAGCCCUCAAUUAAAGUCUCUUCAUUUGGGUGGCCAUUCAUGGCUAACAGAUGAAUGCAUCAAAACAUUUGCUUCCAUUUUCCCCAAUUUGGAGUUGCUUGAUUUAAGGCUAUGUCAUAACAUAUCUGGAGAAGGUAUUUGUCAAGUUUUAAGGAGAUGUUGUAAGAUUAGAGAGUUAAACUUAUAUGGUUGUUCAGGAGUGAAGCUGCAUGAAAUGAACUUUGAAGUUUCUAAAUUGAAGGUGUUGAACUUGUCACUUACAAGUGUCGACAACGAAGCACUUUAUGUGAUUUCAAAGAGUUGUUCUGGACUUUUGCGAUUGUUACUGGUAGAAUGUAAUGGUGUGAGAAAGAAGGGAAUCAUGCACGUAGUAAAGAAUUGCCCGAAGCUCAGGGAGAUCAAAGGUGUGUUGUGGACGAGAUGGUGGUAUUAUCAAGGUCAUCAUUAAGAGAAAAUUCUUCUCGCGUAUGGAUGCCUUCUUUGCUUGUGCUCUAACCAAUUUUGAACUCUUAAAUUUAAGUUUUUUUAUAUUUUCAUAUUUACUUCUUAGAGAAGUUCUUUUAUUUUUUAAUAUGUAAUUGCCUUAGAAAUUAUGCAAUAUUUUUAUAUAAUAUACAAUUUAAUGCUGAGA